AUGAGCGCCAACGGCAGCUCCGUGGCGCUCACUAGUGGUGGUACUGUCGCAUCGAAGCGCCGCGUUGCCUAUUUCUAUGACUCGGAGAUUGGCAAUUACCACUACGGUCAGAAUCAUCCAAUGAAGCCUCAUCGUGUGCGAAUGGCGCACAAUCUCAUUACAAACUAUGGACUGACCAAGCACAUGGAAGUCUACCGUCCUCGACUCGUGGAUUGGACAGAGCUUACCCGCUUUCACUCGGACGACUACAUUCACUUUCUACGUCUUAUCACACCUGAUAAUAUGCACGAAUAUUUGCGCCAGUUGCAGCGCUUUAAUGUAGGUGAGGACUGUCCGGUCUUUGACGGCCUUUUCGAGUUUUGCCAGCUCUAUGCAUCGGCUUCGAUCGGUGGUGCUGCCAAGUUGAAUGCGGGCUCGGCCGAUAUUGUCAUCAAUUACUCGGGUGGACUGCACCACGGCAAGCGUUCCGAGGCUUCUGGGUUUUGCUAUGUAAACGAUUGUGUGCUUGGUAUCUUGGAACUUUUGAAGACCUACCAGCGCGUUUUGUAUAUCGAUAUCGAUAUCCACCACGGCGAUGGGGUAGAAGAAGCAUUUUACACAACGAAUCGUGUCAUGACGUGCUCGUUCCACAAGUACGGAGAAUUUUUUCCCGGUACGGGUGAUAUCAAGGAUAUUGGCUAUGGAGAAGGGAAGCAUUAUGCUGUAAAUUUUCCUUGCCGCGAUGGUAUGGAUGAUGAAAGCUUUACGGGUAUUUUUCGCAGCGUUAUCGCUAAGGUAAUGGAGCAUUUUGCACCGGGUGCCGUGUUGCUUCAAUGUGGUACAGACUCGCUGUCGGGCGAUCGACUUGGAAGCUUUAAUUUGUCAGCCAAGGGUCAUGCUGACUGUGUGGCUUACGUAAAGAGCUUCAAUAUCCCCACCUUAGUUGUUGGUGGCGGAGGUUAUACGUUGCGUAAUGUCGCACGUGCUUGGUGUUACGAGGCUUCAUUACUAGUGGGUGUCGAUAUUCCGGAUGCAAUGCCUUACAAUGACUAUUUUGAAUACUACGGCCCUGAAUACCGCCUUCACUUGCCCGUGAGCAACAUGGAAAACCUCAACACACCCGCUUACCUCGAUGACAUUAAGCGUUCUAUUCACGAAAAUCUUCGUCAGAUUGAGCCUGUCCCUAGCGUUUCCUUUACGGUUGCCCCUCUAUCAGCAUGUAUUCAAGAAGAAAAAGAAGCUGCUGCACGAGAUCGCGAGGAAGACGACCAGCAUAUGAUGGAUGUUUCGGGUGAACACCAGAUACGAAAAGAGCUCAAGCAGAGCGAUGCCCCGCGUCAUCCUCUUGACUUUUACGACUAA